CGGGAGAGAGUGGCAAGGGCAUUGACAACAGUCGACUGGAGCACCUGGGCACGAAAUGGGCGUGUGAAAAGAAGUUCAACGGUUUGUUGACUGUGAGGCACAGACUUCGUUGUAACUUGAUCUGGGCAGAAACAAUUCUUGUGAGUGUGGGGCAGUACCAGUGACGUCAGAUGACGGCGUUUGCUCAGUCGGGAAAAGCAUUUUCUACAGUCAGUUUGCGGUAUCUUUACGUUGUAGUUAUAGACUAAUUUACAGUAGUGACACAGGCCUCUUGAAAGAAUUCUCGAUUUUCUGGAAUAUAUCUGAUGGAGACAACCAUUUGUGACAAAAAACGGAUCAGUUCAGAGCGCAGAAAAGAGAAGUCCCGUGAUGCAGCCAGGUGUAGGAGAAGCAAAGAAUCAGAGGUGUUCUAUGAGCUGGCUCAUCAAUUACCUCUUCCUCAUAAUAUCAGCUCACAUCUGGACAAAGCCUCCAUCAUGAGACUAGUAAUUAGCUACCUACGCAUGAGAGCACUUCUUAGUACAUCUAACAUUGAAGAUGAUGAGUCAGACAAGCAGCUGAACAGCUUUUAUUUAAAAGCCCUAGAUGGGUUUGUUAUGGUGCUCACAGAGGAUGGAGAUAUGAUCUAUCUUUCUGAAAAUGUAAACAGGUGCAUAGGACUUACUCAGUUUGAACUGACUGGACACAGUGUCUUUGACUUCAUGCACCCUUGUGACCAUGAGGAGCUAAGAGAAAUGCUUACACACAGAAUUGGUCCCGUGAAAAAGGGGAAAGGACAAAGUACAGAGCGUAGUUUUUUCCUCAGAAUGAAAUGUACCCUGACCAGCAGAGGUCGGACAGUAAACAUCAAGUCUGCCACUUGGAAGGUACUUCACUGCUCUGGUCAUAUUCGGGUUUAUGAAUCUGGCAGUGAUCAGACACAUUGCGGAUUCAAGGAGCCUCCACUGACUUGUCUUGUGUUAAUCUGUGAACCUAUCCCACAUCCAUCGAAUAUUGAGGUUCCAUUGGACAGCAAGACGUUUUUGAGUCGCCAUAGCUUAGACAUGAAAUUUUCCUACUGUGAUGAAAGGAUUACAGAAUUGAUGGGAUAUGACCCUGAAGAUCUCCUAAACCACUCUGUUUAUGAAUAUUACCAUGCUCUAGAUUCUGAUAAUUUAACGAAAACUCACCAUGACUUAUUUACAAAAGGGCAGGUCACCACUGGACAGUACAGAAUGCUUGCCAAGGAAGGUGGUUAUGUUUGGGUUGAAACCCAAGCAACAGUUAUUUAUAAUACUAAGAAUUCCCAGCCACAGUGCAUAGUCUGUGUGAAUUAUGUUCUGAGUGGUAUUGUUGAAAAGGGCCUCAUCUUUUCAGUUGAGCAAACCAAGAGUCUAAUGAAAUCUGUUCCUGCACUCGAUGCAGACAAGACUAAGCAUUUGUCUACAGAAAACCCUGGUCACUUGUUUGAGAAGCUGAAAGAAGAACCUGAAGCUCUUACACUUCUUGCACCUGCUCCUGGAGAUACCAUCAUUCCUUUGGAUUUUAAUAACACUGAUACAGAUGCACAGAGCCUUGACAGUGUUGCACUCUAUGAUGAUGUUAUGCUUUCAUCAGAUGAAAAAGUUCACUCUAGCAUGGAUAAGUCUCCACUGCCUGCAUCAGAAGCAGCAAAACCACUGCAAAGUGAUACAGACCCAGCACUUAAUAUGGAAGUAGUAACAAAGUUGGAACUGCCUCCUGAACCACUAGGGCUCUCCUUUACUGUAGCUCAAACACAGAAGCAACCAAACAGUCCUUCUGACCCCAGCGCUAGUCAGAACUCAACAGAGCCAAGCAGUCCCUCGGACUACUGUUUCAGAGUAGAGAGUGAUAUUGACAAUGAAUUUAAACUUGAUUUGGUGGAGAAACUUUUUGCUGUUGACACAGAGGCAAAGAAUCCAUUCUCUGCACAGGUUGAAGGUUUGGACCUAGAGAUGCUGGCUCCUUACAUUUCAAUGGAUGAUGACUACCAGUUACGCUCUUUUGAUCAGCUUCCUCCUCUUGAAAGUGACUCUGUUGAUGAAAAUAUGGCAGGCAGUGUAACCCCCGUAUUUCAGCCAACUCUAGCACCUGCCUGUACCAAUGAAGCAAUUAUGAUGACACCAGAAAUAAAAUCCUAUGUAAGCAAGUCAGUACCUGCAUCUCCUCAGUCUCCCAUCCGUGUAAUAAGAGAAAUAAGCAGUGCACCUACAUCACCUUACAGUGCCAGCAGAAGUAGAACAUCAUCUCCAGUUAGAACAAAUGCCCAGGGAAAGGGACCAACAGAGCACUUAGACCGAUCACGCCCAGGAACUCCAGUCACUUCACCUGUACUACAGGUCAUUUUCAGUCACAGAGCUGCCAGUUCAGAUCAAGAAUUGAGCCCCAAGAUGCUUGCUUUACAAAACGUACAGAGAAAGCGAAAGAUGGAAAAUGAGGGAUCCCUGUUCACUGCUGCUGGAAUUGGAGCCCUAUUUCAGGAGCAAUGUAUGAAUAACUCAUCUACUCGGAAGAGAGUGAAAGGAUACGAGUCUAGUGGCAGAAACGAAGAACAGAUGACACUUUUGUUAUCAUCAACAGAUUUGGCAAGCAGACUUUUGGGACAGUCAGUGGAGAGCAGUAAACUCCCACAGCUUACAAGUUACGACUGUGAAGUCAAUGCUCCAAUACAAGGCAACAAGAAUUUACUUCAAGGUGAAGACCUACUUAAAGCCCUUGAUCAAGUCAACUACUUACCUUCACAAUGAUCAGCUAAACUUGGACACUGGUGAUCAAGUCACCAAAAGCAUUCUAUUUAUAUUUUCUAUAUCCAGUUAUUUUAAAAGCCUGGCUACAUAGUACUGCAUCCGUUCAGCUAUCUAAUUUCAAAUCCUACUUCUCUUCCUCUGAAACAGUGGCACAACGACUUGCACACACAAAAAAAAAAAAAAAAAAAAAAAAAAAAAAACGAAACAUGGCUUGCCUGGUCAGGACAGAACUUAAUUUGGGUGUGUUGCACACACGCAUGAAAAGGAAAAAAAAAAAAGACUGUUGCAUUUGUAGUCAAGUGCGUUUAAAGUGGCUGCUCAAUUUUCUUUCAGCACUUUCUUUUGUAAGCCAUUUCCUUAUGUUGUUUUAAGACUUAUUUUAGCAGUUUUGAUUUAGGUGGCGAAUGUCUGCCCUGCAUGGGUAGCAGCUAUUAUUCCACUCAUUGAUCUAUAUAUAUAUUUUUUUUUAUUUAAAUAUAGAUAUCAUGCUUUGCAAGCAGUGCAUUGUAGCCACAGUUGCAUAUCAUUUAUUUUCUUAAAAAAAUAAAAUACCGUCAGGAUUUUCUUGCAAUAUAUUCUACAUUUAACUAUAUUUUUGUGGGAGAAAACGUACACAACUCUCUCAUGAUGAUCACAAAUGGAAUUUGUUACUUUGGGGCAUAUUGUCAUUGCUGCAAUUUUUCAGUGCAUUAUAUAAAUGGAAAUUCUUUGUCAGUGGGGGGGUGAAAAAUUGAAUAUGAUAAAAAUCAUAACUAGAUAGGUAACAGACCUGCCUCUUUUCUGCAGUUCAGAAAACCCAUGUGACCCUACCAGGAGAUUGCUGUAGGUCAUGCAGCAAGCAAUUUGCACCAUGUUGGGGGGAGAGAGAGAGAAAAAAAAAAGUUCAGCGCAUGUUAGUAUGUGUUUCACUCCCAUGCACUUUGUUAAUUUACUACGGCAUCAUGUAGGUGAAAAUUACAUUCAAGCUGUUUAUUUAGGGAAAAAGAAGCUACAUUAAGACAUAGCAUUCUCUUGUGUGAUCGUACUAUACAGUGUAUAACUUCCUUUCCCAUUCUUUGUUUUUGCGGUUUGUGGUUUAAUUUAACACUAACGUAUUACUUUGUCACAUCAAUAAACAAUAUACAUGGACCAGG